AUGAAGAUUGCUUCACUGUUGAGCCUGGCCGGGCUCACAGCCCUGGCUCAUGGCUCCAGACCGACACGAGACUACGAUGCCAACGAUUAUUAUGUCCUCCAUCUCGAUAGCGCAACGACCCCCGACCAAGUCGCCAGCCGACUAGGACUCGCUCACGAGGGACAGCUCGGUGCGCUCGACGACCACCACGUUUUCCGUGCCUCCAAGGCCGACCACGAUAUUGUUAAGCGAGAGAUUUCAGAUCGCAAGCGGAGGAAACGAGAUUUAGGCGGUUCUGACCCGGUCGAUGGAAUCCUCCUGUCAAAGAAGCAACAAGCACGACAACACCUCUUCAAGCGAGAUGUUCCUUCGACCCCAAGAGGCUGGUCUCUCUAUGGUGGUAGGGCCGAUACCAAAGUUGCAGAACUAGCGGAGUACCAAGAAACAAUUAUGAAGCAGCUUGAUAUUCAGGAUCCCAUUUUCAAGGAGCAGUGGCAUCUUUUGAACCCCCUACAGCCAGGUCACGACGUCAACGUUACUGGCCUUUGGUUGGAAGGUAUCACAGGAAAGAAUGUCACUGUGGCAGUGGUAGACGACGGCCUCGAUAUGAACAGCGACGAUCUCAAGCCCAACUAUUUCGCCGCGGGUUCUUGGGAUUUCAACGAUAACGACCCCGAGCCUGCCCCUGUACUGGACGACGACCGACACGGCACCCGAUGUGCUGGAGAAGUUGCAGCUGCUCGAAACGAUGUUUGCGGUGUUGGUGUUGCUUACGACUCCAAAGUCGCCGGAAUCCGUAUUCUCAGCAAACUGAUCAGCGACGCCGACGAAGCAGAAGCGCUUAUGUACAAGUACCAUGACAACCAUAUUUACUCUUGCUCAUGGGGUCCUUCCGAUGAUGGCCAGACUAUGGAGGCACCCGAUGUUGUCAUUCGACGAGCAAUGCUUAAGGCGAUUCAGGAGGGACGUAAUGGUCUUGGCUCUGUCUACGUCUUUGCCAGUGGAAACGGUGCAGGCCAAGGAGAUAACUGCAACUUUGAUGGAUACACCAAUUCUAUCUACAGUAUCACGGUUGGAGCUGUUGAUCGAACUGGGCUUCAUCCUUACUAUUCUGAAGAGUGCUCUGCUCAGCUGGUCGUUACCUACAGCAGUGGAAGUGGCGAUGCUAUUCACACAACCGAUGUUGGAAAGAACAGCUGUUACAAGGCUCACGGUGGCACAUCUGCUGCUGCGCCUCUUGCUGCGGGUAUCUUUGCUCUGGUUCUUCAGGUUCGUCCUGAUCUUACUUGGAGAGAUCUUCAGUACCUGGCUAUGGAUACCGCACUACCCAUCGAGGGCGACGAAGCCAAUCAACAAAACACAACAAUUGGCAAGAAGUUCAGUCACACCUUUGGUUACGGCAAGAUCGACUCUUGGGCUCUGGUUGAGAAGGCCAAGGACUGGGAGUUGGUCAAGCCUCAAUCGUGGUACUUUUCUCCCUGGAUCCACGUCAAGAAGUCGAUUCCCGAGGGUCGAGAUGGCUUGACUGUGACUCUUGAUGUUACUGAGGAUAUGCUUAAGGGUUCCAACUUGGCUCGUGUGGAACAUGUUACUGUCACCAUGAACGUCGAACACAGCCGACGUGGUGAUAUUAGUGUUGAUCUAAUCAGCCCUGACAACGUUGUCAGUCAUCUUGCUGUUGCCCGAAGAAGCGAUGCCAAGGAGGCGGGAUACGUCGACUGGACGUUUAUGAGUGUUGCUCACUGGGGAGAGACCGGUAUCGGCAAGUGGACCAUCAUUGUUCGAGACACAGAGAAGAACUCCUACAAGGGCAAAUUCACCGACUGGCGCUUGAAGCUCUGGGGUGAAGCCAUCGACGCAGACAAGGCCACUCUACUUCCUAUGCCUAACCCAGGCGAUGAUGACGACCAUGACAAAAUCGUAGCGUCUACUUCAAUCGCCGCCUCUACAACAACAGCACCUCCCGCUACCAAACCUACCUUGAUUGACCACCCUUCCGACCACCCUGAAAAACCCACCAGGCCUGCCCGACCCAGCGGCACCGAGGAGGAAGAACCAUCAAGCACCCAAAGCUCCGCCGAAGAAUCCUCAACAGCUUCAUCUUCAUGGGUUUCCUGGCUCCCUACCUUUGGCGCCUCCAAGAAAGCCCAGAUUUGGAUCUACGGAGCAGUCGGUUUCAUCGGAGCCUUCUGCAUCGGUCUAGGCGUUUACUUCUGGGUCGCCCGUCGCCGCCGUCUCCGCAACAGCUCCCACAACAACUACGAAUUCGAACUCAUCGACGAAGAAGAAGCUCCUCUCAACGCAGGCGAAAAGGCCCCUGGUAACAAACCUCGCAGAACCCGUGGCGGAGAGCUGUAUGAUGCUUUUGCCGAGGGUAGCGAUGAAGAGCCUUUUGAGGAUUAUCGCGAUAACCGUGAACCUUCUCGUGAUAGACUUGCGGGUGAUGAUACGCAGCAUUAUGCCGUCGGUGACGAUAGCGACGACAGCGAUGAAAGUGAUGAUGAGAGCAGUGAUGGAGCCAGGGCUGAAACAAGGCCUUUGGGUGGUAGACGUUGA